CCUGCAGCAACGCCACAGCUUCUUCAAGUUUCUCCGGAAGCACUGAGACAGACGUCUGUAGUGGGAAAGCCUGAGAGUGCACAGCCCCACUCAUCUCUUAAAGAACAAUAAAAACAGUACACCACAUUUCUGAACUAAAGGAGACAAUGGCAAACCAAGAAAAGUGCGAUACUCAUCAGACAGGCAUCAUGAGUGAAGAGCAAAACAGCAAUGGAGAGCCUGUUUUAAAUCCAAAAUUCCAAGGUCUCAGAAGACGGGUCACAGCCAGUCAGCUCUUAGAGGCUGAAAUCAUUGAGAAGGAGCUGUUUGAUCAACUGAAACAAGGAACGGUGACUUUUGAAGGUGUUAACAAAAUGGAAUCAGUGCAGAAGUACCUGCAAGGAACCAACAGCAUUGCAGGAGUGCUGGUGCAGUCCUCCACAGAGAAGAUGAGUAUCUACCAGGCCAUGAGGAAGGGGAUUCUGAGACCAGGCACUGCACUGGUUCUCCUGGAAGCCCAGGCUGCAACUGGAUUUCUCAUUGACCCAGUGAAGAAUAAAAAGCUGUCUGUAGAACAAGCAGUGGCUGAAGGACUGGUGGGCACAGAACUGAAGCAGAAACUCUUGUCAGCAGAGAGGGCUGUCACUGGGUACACUGAUCCUUACACUAAGAACACAAUCUCCUUGUUCCAAGCAAUGAAAAAAGAUCUGAUAGUAAAGGACCAUGGGAUACGCCUGCUGGAAGCUCAGAUCGCCACUGGGGGCAUCAUUGACCCGAUCAACAGCCACCGUGUGCCUGUGGAGGUGGCCUACAAGCGGGGAUACUUUGAUAAAGAAAUGAGUCUGAUUCUCUCCGACCCAAGCGAUGACACCAAAGGGUUUUUCGACCCCAACACCCACGAGAAUCUCACCUACUUGCAGCUGCUGGAGCGGGGUGUAAAAGACCCAGAAACUGGACUCUGCUUACUUAGCCUGGUUAAGAAAGGAGAACGGUAUGUUUACAAUGAUGAGCAAACGCAGAGUGCCCUCAAGUCAGCUACAACCAACAGGGUAGCAGGGAAGUUCAAGGGCCAGACAGUUUCGAUCUGGGAACUGCUCUAUUCUGAAUACAUCACCGAGGAGAAAAGGAGAGAGCUUCUGCAGCAGUACAAGUCGGGAAGUUUGACAAUUCAGCAAUUCACAGAGAUCAUCGUUACCAUGGUUGAGCAGAGUAUUAAAACAACAACAACAACAACUACAACCACAACAACAACCAUAAAAACAGAAACCGACUCCAAAUUCCAAGGUCUCAGAAGACAGGUCACAGCCAGUCAGCUCUUAGAGGCUGAAAUCAUUGAGAAGGAGCUGUUUGAUCAACUGAAACAAGGAACGGUGACAUUUGACGUAGUCAACAAAAUGGAAUCAGUGCAGAAGUACCUGCAAGGAACCAACAGCAUUGCAGGAGUGCUGGUGCAGUCCUCCACAGAGAAGAUGAGUAUCUACCAGGCCAUGAGGAAGGGGAUUCUGAGACCAGGCACUGCACUGGUUCUCCUGGAAGCCCAGGCUGCAACUGGAUUUCUCAUUGACCCAGUGAAGAAUAAAAAGCUGUCUGUAGAACAAGCAGUGGCUGAAGGACUGGUGGGCACCGAACUGAAAGAUAAACUCUUGUCAGCAGAGAGGGCUGUCACUGGGUACACUGAUCCUUACACUAAGAACACAAUCUCCUUGUUCCAAGCAAUGAAAAAAGAUCUGAUAGUAAAGGACCACGGGAUACGCCUGCUGGAAGCUCAGAUCGCCACUGGGGGCAUCAUUGACCCGAUCAACAGCCACCGUGUGCCUGUGGAGGUGGCCUACAAGCGGGGAUACUUUGAUAAAGAAAUGAGUCUGAUUCUCUCCGACCCAAGCGAUGACACCAAAGGGUUUUUCGACCCCAACACCCACGAGAAUCUCACCUACUUGCAGCUGCUGGAGAGGGGAGUAAAAGACCCAGAAACUGGACUCUGCUUACUUAGCAUGGUUAAGAAAGGAGAACGGUAUGUUUACAAUGAUGAGCAAACGCAGAGUGCCCUCAAGUCAGCUACAACCAACAGGGUAGCAGGGAAGUUCAAGGGCCAGACAGUUUCGAUCUGGGAACUGCUCUAUUCUGAAUACAUCACCGAGGAGAAAAGGAGAGAGCUUCUGCAGCAGUACAAGUCGGGAAGUUUGACAAUUCAGCAAUUCACAGAGAUCAUCGUUACCAUGGUUGAGCAGAGUAUUAAAACAACAACAACAACAACUACAACCACAACAACAACCAUAAAAACAGAAACCGACUCCAAAUUCCAAGGUCUCAGAAGACAGGUCACAGCCAGUCAGCUCUUAGAGGCUGAAAUCAUUGAGAAGGAGCUGUUUGAUCAACUGAAACAAGGAACGGUGACAUUUGACGUAGUCAACAAAAUGGAAUCAGUGCAGAAGUACCUGCAAGGAACAAACAGCAUUGCAGGAGUGCUGGUGCAGUCCUCCACAGAGAAGAUGAGUAUCUACCAGGCCAUGAGGAAGGGGAUUCUGAGACCAGGCACUGCACUGGUUCUCCUGGAAGCCCAGGCUGCAACUGGAUUUCUCAUUGACCCAGUGAAGAAUAAAAAGCUGUCUGUAGAACAAGCAGUGGCUGAAGGACUGGUGGGCACAGAACUGAAAGAUAAACUCUUGUCAGCAGAGAGGGCUGUCACUGGGUACACUGAUCCUUACACUAAGAACACAAUCUCCUUGUUCCAAGCAAUGAAAAAAGAUCUGAUAGUAAAGGACCAUGGGAUACGCCUGCUGGAAGCUCAGAUCGCCACUGGGGGCAUCAUUGACCCGAUCAACAGCCACCGUGUGCCUGUGGAGGUGGCCUACAAGCGGGGAUACUUUGAUAAAGAAAUGAGUCUGAUUCUCUCCGACCCAAGCGAUGACACCAAAGGGUUUUUCGACCCCAACACCCACGAGAAUCUCACCUACUUGCAGCUGCUGGAGAGGGGUGUAAAAGACCCAGAAACUGGACUCUGCUUACUUAGCCUGGUUAAGAAAGGAGAACGGUAUGUUUACAAUGAUGAGCAAACGCAGAGUGCCCUCAAGUCAGCUACAACCAACAGGGUAGCAGGGAAGUUCAAGGGCCAGACAGUUUCGAUCUGGGAACUGCUCUAUUCUGAAUACAUCACCGAGGAGAAAAGGAGAGAGCUUCUGCAGCAGUACAAGUCGGGAAGUUUGACAAUUCAGCAAUUCACAGAGAUCAUCGUUACCAUGGUUGAGCAGAGUAUUAAAACAACAACAACAACAACUACAACCACAACAACAACCAUAAAAACAGAAACCGACUCCAAAUUCCAAGGUCUCAGAAGACAGGUCACAGCCAGUCAGCUCUUAGAGGCUGAAAUCAUUGAGAAGGAGCUGUUUGAUCAACUGAAACAAGGAACGGUGACAUUUGACGUAGUCAACAAAAUGGAAUCAGUGCAGAAGUACCUGCAAGGAACAAACAGCAUUGCAGGAGUGCUGGUGCAGUCCUCCACAGAGAAGAUGAGUAUCUACCAGGCCAUGAGGAAGGGGAUUCUGAGACCAGGCACUGCACUGGUUCUCCUGGAAGCCCAGGCUGCAACUGGAUUUCUCAUUGACCCAGUGAAGAAUAAAAAGCUGUCUGUAGAACAAGCAGUGGCUGAAGGACUGGUGGGCACCGAACUGAAAGAUAAACUCUUGUCAGCAGAGAGGGCUGUCACUGGGUACACUGAUCCUUACACUAAGAACACAAUCUCCUUGUUCCAAGCAAUGAAAAAAGAUCUGAUAGUAAAGGACCACGGGAUACGCCUGCUGGAAGCUCAGAUCGCCACUGGGGGCAUCAUUGACCCGAUAAACAGCCACCGUGUGCCUGUGGAGGUGGCCUACAAGCGGGGAUACUUUGAUAAAGAAAUGAGUCUGAUUCUCUCCGACCCAAGCGAUGACACCAAAGGGUUUUUCGACCCCAACACCCACGAGAAUCUCACCUACUUGCAGCUGCUGGAGAGGGGUGUAAAAGACCCAGAAACUGGACUCUGCUUACUUAGCCUGGUUAAGAAAGGAGAACGGUAUGUUUACAAUGAUGAGCAAACGCAGAGUGCCCUCAAGUCAGCUACAACCAACAGGGUAGCAGGGAAGUUCAAGGGCCAGACAGUUUCGAUCUGGGAACUGCUCUAUUCUGAAUACAUCACCGAGGAGAAAAGGAGAGAGCUUCUGCAGCAGUACAAGUCGGGAAGUUUGACAAUUCAGCAAUUCACAGAGAUCAUCAUUACCAUGGUUGAGCAGAGUAUUAAAACAACAACAACAACAACUACAACCACAACAACAACCAUAAAAACAGAAACCGACUCCAAAUUCCAAGGUCUCAGAAGACAGGUCACAGCCAGUCAGCUCUUAGAGGCUGAAAUCAUUGAGAAGGAGCUGUUUGAUCAACUGAAACAAGGAACGGUGACAUUUGACGUAGUCAACAAAAUGGAAUCAGUGCAGAAGUACCUGCAAGGAACAAACAGCAUUGCAGGAGUGCUGGUGCAGUCCUCCACAGAGAAGAUGAGUAUCUACCAGGCCAUGAGGAAGGGGAUUCUGAGACCAGGCACUGCACUGGUUCUCCUGGAAGCCCAGGCUGCAACUGGAUUUCUCAUUGACCCAGUGAAGAAUAAAAAGCUGUCUGUAGAACAAGCAGUGGCUGAAGGACUGGUGGGCACCGAACUGAAAGAUAAACUCUUGUCAGCAGAGAGGGCUGUCACUGGGUACACUGAUCCUUACACUAAGAACACAAUCUCCUUGUUCCAAGCAAUGAAAAAAGAUCUGAUAGUAAAGGACCACGGGAUACGCCUGCUGGAAGCUCAGAUCGCCACUGGGGGCAUCAUUGACCCGAUAAACAGCCACCGUGUGCCUGUGGAGGUGGCCUACAAGCGGGGAUACUUUGAUAAAGAAAUGAGUCUGAUUCUCUCCGACCCAAGCGAUGACACCAAAGGGUUUUUCGACCCCAACACCCACGAGAAUCUCACCUACUUGCAGCUGCUGGAGAGGGGUGUAAAAGACCCAGAAACUGGACUCUGCUUACUUAGCAUGGUUAAGAAAGGAGAACGGUAUGUUUACAACGAUGAGCAAACGCAGAGUGCCCUCAAGUCAGCUACAACCAACAGGGUAGCAGGGAAGUUCAAGGGCCAGACAGUUUCGAUCUGGGAACUGCUCUAUUCUGAAUACAUCACCGAGGAGAAAAGGAGAGAGCUUCUGCAGCAGUACAAGUCGGGAAGUUUGACAAUUCAGCAAUUCACAGAGAUCAUCGUUACCAUGGUUGAGCAGAGUAUUAAAACAACAACAACAACAACUACAACCACAACAACAACCAUAAAAACAGAAACCGACUCCAAAUUCCAAGGUCUCAGAAGACAGGUCACAGCCAGUCAGCUCUUAGAGGCUGAAAUCAUUGAGAAGGAGCUGUUUGAUCAACUGAAACAAGGAACGGUGACAUUUGACGUAGUCAACAAAAUGGAAUCAGUGCAGAAGUACCUGCAAGGAACAAACAGCAUUGCAGGAGUGCUGGUGCAGUCCUCCACAGAGAAGAUGAGUAUCUACCAGGCCAUGAGGAAGGGGAUUCUGAGACCAGGCACUGCACUGGUUCUCCUGGAAGCCCAGGCUGCAACUGGAUUUCUCAUUGACCCAGUGAAGAAUAAAAAGCUGUCUGUAGAACAAGCAGUGGCUGAAGGACUGGUGGGCACAGAACUGAAAGAUAAACUCUUGUCAGCAGAGAGGGCUGUCACUGGGUACACUGAUCCUUACACUAAGAACACAAUCUCCUUGUUCCAAGCAAUGAAAAAAGAUCUGAUAGUAAAGGACCACGGGAUACGCCUGCUGGAAGCUCAGAUCGCCACUGGGGGCAUCAUUGACCCGAUAAACAGCCACCGUGUGCCUGUGGAGGUGGCCUACAAGCGGGGAUACUUUGAUAAAGAAAUGAGUCUGAUUCUCUCCGACCCAAGCGAUGACACCAAAGGGUUUUUCGACCCCAACACCCACGAGAAUCUCACCUACUUGCAGCUGCUGGAGAGGGGUGUAAAAGACCCAGAAACUGGACUCUGCUUACUUAGCAUGGUUAAGAAAGGAGAACGGUAUGUUUACAAUGAUGAGCAAACGCAGAGUGCCCUCAAGUCAGCUACAACCAACAGGGUAGCAGGGAAGUUCAAGGGCCAGACAGUUUCGAUCUGGGAACUGCUCUAUUCUGAAUACAUCACCGAGGAGAAAAGGAGAGAGCUUCUGCAGCAGUACAAGUCGGGAAGUUUGACAAUUCAGCAAUUCACAGAGAUCAUCGUUACCAUGGUUGAGCAGAGUAUUAAAACAACAACAACAACAACUACAACCACAACAACAACCAUAAAAACAGAAACCGACUCCAAAUUCCAAGGUCUCAGAAGACAGGUCACAGCCAGUCAGCUCUUAGAGGCUGAAAUCAUUGAGAAGGAGCUGUUUGAUCAACUGAAACAAGGAACGGUGACAUUUGACGUAGUCAACAAAAUGGAAUCAGUGCAGAAGUACCUGCAAGGAACAAACAGCAUUGCAGGAGUGCUGGUGCAGUCCUCCACAGAGAAGAUGAGUAUCUACCAGGCCAUGAGGAAGGGGAUUCUGAGACCAGGCACUGCACUGGUUCUCCUGGAAGCCCAGGCUGCAACUGGAUUUCUCAUUGACCCAGUGAAGAAUAAAAAGCUGUCUGUAGAACAAGCAGUGGCUGAAGGACUGGUGGGCACAGAACUGAAAGAUAAACUCUUGUCAGCAGAGAGGGCUGUCACUGGGUACACUGAUCCUUACACUAAGAACACAAUCUCCUUGUUCCAAGCAAUGAAAAAAGAUCUGAUAGUAAAGGACCACGGGAUACGCCUGCUGGAAGCUCAGAUCGCCACUGGGGGCAUCAUUGACCCGAUAAACAGCCACCGUGUGCCUGUGGAGGUGGCCUACAAGCGGGGAUACUUUGAUAAAGAAAUGAGUCUGAUUCUCUCCGACCCAAGCGAUGACACCAAAGGGUUUUUCGACCCCAACACCCACGAGAAUCUCACCUACUUGCAGCUGCUGGAGAGGGGUGUAAAAGACCCAGAAACUGGACUCUGCUUACUUAGCCUGGUUAAGAAAGGAGAACGGUAUGUUUACAAUGAUGAGCAAACGCAGAGUGCCCUCAAGUCAGCUACAACCAACAGGGUAGCAGGGAAGUUCAAGGGCCAGACAGUUUCGAUCUGGGAACUGCUCUAUUCUGAAUACAUCACCGAGGAGAAAAGGAGAGAGCUUCUGCAGCAGUACAAGUCGGGAAGUUUGACAAUUCAGCAAUUCACAGAGAUCAUCAUUACCAUGGUUGAGCAGAGUAUUAAAACAACAACAACAACAACUACAACCACAACAACAACCAUAAAAACAGAAACCGACUCCAAAUUCCAAGGUCUCAGAAGACAGGUCACAGCCAGUCAGCUCUUAGAGGCUGAAAUCAUUGAGAAGGAGCUGUUUGAUCAACUGAAACAAGGAACGGUGACAUUUGACGUAGUCAACAAAAUGGAAUCAGUGCAGAAGUACCUGCAAGGAACAAACAGCAUUGCAGGAGUGCUGGUGCAGUCCUCCACAGAGAAGAUGAGUAUCUACCAGGCCAUGAGGAAGGGGAUUCUGAGACCAGGCACUGCACUGGUUCUCCUGGAAGCCCAGGCUGCAACUGGAUUUCUCAUUGACCCAGUGAAGAAUAAAAAGCUGUCUGUAGAACAAGCAGUGGCUGAAGGACUGGUGGGCACAGAACUGAAAGAUAAACUCUUGUCAGCAGAGAGGGCUGUCACUGGGUACACUGAUCCUUACACUAAGAACACAAUCUCCUUGUUCCAAGCAAUGAAAAAAGAUCUGAUAGUAAAGGACCACGGGAUACGCCUGCUGGAAGCUCAGAUCGCCACUGGGGGCAUCAUUGACCCGAUAAACAGCCACCGUGUGCCUGUGGAGGUGGCCUACAAGCGGGGAUACUUUGAUAAAGAAAUGAGUCUGAUUCUCUCCGACCCAAGCGAUGACACCAAAGGGUUUUUCGACCCCAACACCCACGAGAAUCUCACCUACUUGCAGCUGCUGGAGAGGGGUGUAAAAGACCCAGAAACUGGACUCUGCUUACUUAGCCUGGUUAAGAAAGGAGAACGGUAUGUUUACAAUGAUGAGCAAACGCAGAGUGCCCUCAAGUCAGCUACAACCAACAGGGUAGCAGGGAAGUUCAAGGGCCAGACAGUUUCGAUCUGGGAACUGCUCUAUUCUGAAUACAUCACCGAGGAGAAAAGGAGAGAGCUUCUGCAGCAGUACAAGUCGGGAAGUUUGACAAUUCAGCAAUUCACAGAGAUCAUCAUUACCAUGGUUGAGCAGAGUAUUAAAACAACAACAACAACAACUACAACCACAACAACAACCAUAAAAACAGAAACCGACUCCAAAUUCCAAGGUCUCAGAAGACAGGUCACAGCCAGUCAGCUCUUAGAGGCUGAAAUCAUUGAGAAGGAGCUGUUUGAUCAACUGAAACAAGGAACGGUGACAUUUGACGUAGUCAACAAAAUGGAAUCAGUGCAGAAGUACCUGCAAGGAACCAACAGCAUUGCAGGAGUGCUGGUGCAGUCCUCCACAGAGAAGAUGAGUAUCUACCAGGCCAUGAGGAAGGGGAUUCUGAGACCAGGCACUGCACUGGUUCUCCUGGAAGCCCAGGCUGCAACUGGAUUUCUCAUUGACCCAGUGAAGAAUAAAAAGCUGUCUGUAGAACAAGCAGUGGCUGAAGGACUGGUGGGCACCGAACUGAAAGAUAAACUCUUGUCAGCAGAGAGGGCUGUCACUGGGUACACUGAUCCUUACACUAAGAACACAAUCUCCUUGUUCCAAGCAAUGAAAAAAGAUCUGAUAGUAAAGGACCACGGGAUACGCCUGCUGGAAGCUCAGAUCGCCACUGGGGGCAUCAUUGACCCGAUAAACAGCCACCGUGUGCCUGUGGAGGUGGCCUACAAGCGGGGAUACUUUGAUAAAGAAAUGAGUCUGAUUCUCUCCGACCCAAGCGAUGACACCAAAGGGUUUUUCGACCCCAACACCCACGAGAAUCUCACCUACUUGCAGCUGCUGGAGAGGGGUGUAAAAGACCCAGAAACUGGACUCUGCUUACUUAGCCUGGUUAAGAAAGGAGAACGGUAUGUUUACAAUGAUGAGCAAACGCAGAGUGCCCUCAAGUCAGCCACAACCAACAGGGUAGCAGGGAAGUUCAAGGGCCAGACAGUUUCGAUCUGGGAACUGCUCUAUUCUGAAUACAUCACCAAGGAGAAAAGGAGAGAGCUUCUGCAGCAGUACAAGUCGGGAAGUUUGACAAUUCAGCAAUUCACGGAGAUCAUCAUUACCAUGGUUGAGCAGAGUAUUAAAACAACAACAACAACUAAAACCACAACAACAACUAUAAAAACAGAAACUGACUCCAAAUUCCAAGGUCUCAGAAGACAGGUCACAGCCAGUCAGCUCUUAGAGGCUGAAAUCAUUGAGAAGGAGCUGUUUGAUCAACUGAAACAAGGAACGGUGACAUUUGACGUAGUCAACAAAAUGGAAUCAGUGCAGAAGUACCUGCAAGGAACCAACAGCAUUGCAGGAGUGCUGGUGCAGUCCUCCACAGAGAAGAUGAGUAUCUACCAGGCCAUGAGGAAGGGGAUUCUGAGACCAGGCACUGCACUGGUUCUCCUGGAAGCCCAGGCUGCAACUGGAUUUCUCAUUGACCCAGUGAAGAAUAAAAAGCUGUCUGUAGAACAAGCAGUGGCUGAAGGACUGGUGGGCACCGAACUGAAAGAUAAACUCUUGUCAGCAGAGAGGGCUGUCACUGGGUACACUGAUCCUUACACUAAGAACACAAUCUCCUUGUUCCAAGCAAUGAAAAAAGAUCUGAUAGUAAAGGACCACGGGAUACGCCUGCUGGAAGCUCAGAUCGCCACUGGGGGCAUCAUUGACCCGAUAAACAGCCACCGUGUGCCUGUGGAGGUGGCCUACAAGCGGGGAUACUUUGAUAAAGAAAUGAGUCUGAUUCUCUCCGACCCAAGCGAUGACACCAAAGGGUUUUUCGACCCCAACACCCACGAGAAUCUCACCUACUUGCAGCUGCUGGAGAGGGGUGUAAAAGACCCAGAAACUGGACUCUGCUUACUUAGCAUGGUUAAGAAAGGAGAACGGUAUGUUUACAACGAUGAGCAAACGCAGAGUGCCCUCAAGUCAGCUACAACCAACAGGGUAGCAGGGAAGUUCAAGGGCCAGACAGUUUCGAUCUGGGAACUGCUCUAUUCUGAAUACAUCACCGAGGAGAAAAGGAGAGAGCUUCUGCAGCAGUACAAGUCGGGAAGUUUGACAAUUCAGCAAUUCACAGAGAUCAUCGUUACCAUGGUUGAGCAGAGUAUUAAAACAACAACAACAACAACUACAACCACAACAACAACCAUAAAAACAGAAACCGACUCCAAAUUCCAAGGUCUCAGAAGACAGGUCACAGCCAGUCAGCUCUUAGAGGCUGAAAUCAUUGAGAAGGAGCUGUUUGAUCAACUGAAACAAGGAACGGUGACAUUUGAUGUAGUCAACAAAAUGGAAUCAGUGCAGAAGUACCUGCAAGGAACCAACAGCAUUGCAGGAGUGCUGGUUCAGUCCUCCACAGAGAAGAUGAGUAUCUACCAGGCCAUGAGAAAGGGGAUUCUGAGACCAGGCACUGCACUGGUUCUCCUGGAAGCCCAGGCUGCAACUGGAUUUCUCAUUGACCCAGUGAAGAAUAAAAAGCUGUCUGUAGAACAAGCAGUGGCUGAAGGACUGGUGGGCACAGAACUGAAAGAUAAACUCUUGUCAGCAGAGAGGGCUGUCACUGGGUACACUGAUCCUUACACUAAGAACACAAUCUCCUUGUUCCAAGCAAUGAAAAAAGAUCUGAUAGUAAAGGACCACGGGAUACGCCUGCUGGAAGCUCAGAUCGCCACUGGGGGCAUCAUUGACCCGAUAAACAGCCACCGUGUGCCUGUGGAGGUGGCCUACAAGCGGGGAUACUUUGAUAAAGAAAUGAGUCUGAUUCUCUCCGACCCAAGCGAUGACACCAAAGGGUUUUUCGACCCCAACACCCACGAGAAUCUCACCUACUUGCAGCUGCUGGAGCGGGGUGUAAAAGACCCAGAAACCGGACUCUGCUUACUUACCUUGAUGAAAUAAAAAAAAUUUUAAAAAAAUUAUUUGGAAUAGAAUUUAAGUUUUAAAUAUUAUGAGAACUAGCAGGGUUUGAAUUUCAACAUGUCUUUCAAUGCUUUCUAUUUCAGAGAUAUUCUAAGAGUCCACUGCAUUUUUCACUAGAACAACCUGUAAGGAAGUGGGUGUCAGUGACAAAAGCAGUAUGAGACGCAUUCUGAGUAGUUCUGUGUAAAAUAAAUACAUAAAUAAAAGUAGUGCUGGAUAUUUUAAAUGCCGCAAGACUUUAUCCUCUCGUACAUGAUUCUCGGCCGCUGUCUUUAAGCAUUAUAGAAAUUCAGUACACUGCAGUAAGGAAAUAGUUUUGAAAAAAAAUAAAAAAAAUAACAAUAUUAAAUCUGUCUAGAUGUUGAUUUGCAAGCAGUGGCCCUUUAAAACAUAGAAAGAAAAUGGAGCGCUGGUUAUAAAGCAAAGCACCUUUUUCUUCUGCUGCAGGAAAAAAAAAGUUGGAGCAAUUAAAUGAAAACAGUACAGAAGGUACAACACAAACAAACCACAGCAGGGAAGGGCAAGGCAAAAAAGAUACAUAUCCGCCAAACUGGCUGAUUUAACCAUGGCUGGAGUUUAAAAUACGCUGCUCAGUCUGCAGUCUCUAUGCAACUGUAAAGUUUACUAGCCAUUGUUACACCAAUUCUACAUUAUUGAGAUAUUCUAGUGGCAGUACACACAAACAGCUCAGAAAAAAUGGAAACUUCACGUCAAGCAAUGGCAAAAGCACCAGAGAGUGCUCAGUCUCAGUGAUGAACAGUUGUUAGGUCUCCUGAAAGCAGCUUGUUUCAAAGCAAUACCAGUGUUCCCCCUUAAAAUGUUUGAAUCCCACCAUUGGCUGCAGCAUUGGGAUAAAUCUGCCCAGGACACAAAAAUGAAAUUCAAGCCCUGACUAGGUUUAUUUUGAUAUUCUGAUAUAUUUGACUUUAUAUUACAAAGAAAUGUUCUCAAAUUUGCAGUGUCUUUAUAAGCUAUUAAAACAUAUCUGCAGAAAAAAAAAAAAACUAUUUUCUAUUUACCAUGGUGAAAAUAAUUGAUUUAGCCCACAUAUUAACCUUUUUAUAUGGCAAUAAAGAUGUAUUGAAUUUGAAGAUUUUCUAAAUGUAUACAAUAAAUUGAAAAUUGUA